AUGACGUUACUUGGUGCCCAUGCACGGGUCAACCCCUCUGACGUCAACGCCGUGUCGUUCUACGUCACCGACCUGAUGCUACCAUCAGUAACCUUCACCACCAUCAUCGCCUGCACCACCAUCACUGGGAUACAACUACACCAGAUUGGAAAAACGAGGAAAUCGAUGACGUCAGACAAGAACAUCUCCAACAAGGAGAAAAAAGUCGCCGUGAUGCUGGUGGUUGUGUCUGCCAUCUUCAUCGCCUGUCUGGCGCCGACCAUCGUCAAACUAACCGGCGUAGCGUUUGUGACAGAGCUGUCGGUGUUUGGGGAUUAUUUUGACGUUGCCAUGGUGAUUAACGAGAUCUCGUGCUUGAGCGAGACGUUGAGCUCCAGCGUUAAUCUCCUGGUGUACUACAAGAUGAGCAGUAAAUACAGGAGAACAGUCAAAUCCAUCUCCAAUGUGAAGAAUAAAACACCAAAUGUUAAGUACAACUGA